AUGAACAGGGUUCGUGUUCGAUGUGGUCGUUGGUGUGCUAACUUCUUUAGACUCUGCCUUCCCCCGGCCGCCACACGGUACGUUCACAAUCCUUUCAUCUUGUUCUUCUCCAUUCCCAUGGCAACCUCCCGGAUUUACAUGAUAGUUCUCAGGCCGUUUGCUCGUUUUCAUACUAAUACUUCCGAUUGUCCCACUUCUGAUUGCAGUUCAGAACGGAUAACAGGUUAG